CCCUUGAGAAAUGGGGCGCGGCGGUCGCGUUGGACGCCCGUAUCUUUUGUCCAGCAUCUUCGCCUCCUUCCACUUCAGUUUGCUUCUCUGUCUCACCUGCCUGUUCUUCACCUUCCCCUGCAGCUGGCUCACCCUCCACAUCUCCUGGGGCUACCCUGUGAUCUGCGGCCUCCUCUUUAUCCCCACCAUCAUCUUCUUCCUCCGGACCAGCUUCACGGACACCAGCAUUCUCCGCAAAGGCAUCGAAGAAGAGUUGGAGAAUCAGGCGAUUGUCAUAAGAGCUCCGAGGCAGCAUUGGUGCAACCGAUGCCAGCUCCAUGGCCUGCCACACACCUUCCACUGCACCUGGUGCAACACCUGUGUGGAGGACUUUGAUCACCACUGCAUGUGGCUCAACAACUGCAUCGGACGCCACAACAUCCGCUCCUUCUUCCUCUUUGUGGUUUUCCUGAGCGGUUACAACGCAGCUGUGAUGGCGUCCUGCCUCGCCUACCUGGUGCUCAACUCCCAGAAGCCCUUCAGCGUGGAGAAGAUCUGCACGAUCGUGGUGACCAUCCCCACAGCCUUCUACCUGCUCCCGCUUCUCAUUCAGCUCAGCACCCAACUCAGCAACAUCCGGAAGGAUCGCCACAAAUGCAAGCUCCACCAGGCUCAUCACGCUACCCAAGGGAAAACCUUCCGCUCUCCCCAGGCCUGGUGGUGGACUGUGGCUUCCCGCAUCCAGCAGGGACCCAACUGCAGGGCGAACUCAGCAGCCAGGCCAAAAGCACAGGCCCCGAAUGCCAGGAAAGCUCCGACUGUCCUCGGGGCCUCCCCAGUUUCCAGCUCCCGCUCGACCGCUCCAAGCUCUUCCCCGGGCGGCGGCCCUCGAGACAAGCCCGGUGAGUGGAGGGCGGCCGAGGCCUGGCGUCACUUCCUGGCUGCCGCAGGGAGAGUUCUGCGCCUGAAGGGUCCUGCUCCGGGAGAGUCGACCCAGCAGGCCGCGCAGGAGGCCAGCAAGAAGAAAAGCAGCUGGCUUCUGAAUGCCUCGGACAUCCCCAUCCCAGAAAUGCCAGAGUCCCUCCAGCUACUGGACGAAGACCACGACACGCACUGGAAAUGCCAGCUCUACAUCAACAGGCGCGCCCCUGCCUCACCCACGGGCACCCUCCUCUCUCUCUCGGAUAUCUGAAGGGAAUCCCAGCUAGCUGUUUCCCCGGCGACCACAAUUUUGUAAUGGAAACACUGGAUAAAAAUGUCGUGUAAAG